AUGGUGUUCCGAGGGGACAUGGUGAUGUCCGUAGCUCAUUUAUCGGCGGAGAUAUUUCAGCGAUUACGGUGGAUUCCAGCGUCUGAUCGAAUCGGAAGCGGCGAGAUGUUGCGGCUCUUUAAUGUGAUCAGAGGAGUCAAAGAAGCUUGGUUUGAUCUAGCCACUUGUCAUAAUUCUUGUCCUUCUAAAUCUAGCUCUCGAGUGAUGGAGAGCUCAAGUCAUUCAAAAACUAUUGUUGGUUAUCAAGUUCAAGUGAUGUGCUUCUUGUGUGACCGUCGGGUUUGA